AUGGAAGCAGACAACACAGACGACAUUGAGUCUCUCAUGGAGGACAUGGACUAUAUCCCCGGUCACUUCCACCUGGACCUCAGCCUCAAUUGUGAUCCUGUUGGGCCUGUAAAGCUGCGACACAGGGACACUUAUCUAAAACAGGAGACUCUACAGGGAGAGCUAGAGGCUGAAGUUGGAUAUCUCCAGUACGCUGUGCGAAAUCUCCUGGGACUGCUGGCUUUUCACCUUGAACAGCUGGACACAUCUGAGGAAAUAUUUAGAAGCAUUUGUAAAGAAGACCCUGGGAACCUCAAUGCAUGGGCCAACUUAGGCUAUGUGUACGAUAAGCUGGGGAGAGAGCUGGAUGCAGGGGAGUGUGUGGAAAAAGUGUCCCACCUCAUGGGUUUAGAUUCUGGACAGGCCUCUCAGGAAGAGACCAGACUACUGGCGGCCCGCUGCCUGGCUGAACAGGCCUACGUUUAUCCAUAUGAUGUGGAGCUGGACAGCGAGGAUGACCUGAGAGAGAGACUAGCUGCAGCACUGACAUUGUACAACAGAGCCCUGGACUAUGGGGGACAACUGAUACCAAUAGCGGAAAAACGAAGCUGGUAUUUUAAAAUGGCAACCCUCUAUAUAAGAUUAGAUGACAUAGUAAAGACCAAAGAGGAUGCUGAAUACUCAAGACUCUCUCACUACAAUAAGGGACUGAAGCUUCUCAAAGAAACGCUCAAAUCUGAGAAAACACUACAUAAAGCUCUAGCCUGGUGUUAUAUUGGCAUCAUGUUGGAGAGGAAGGAAGAGUUCACCACUGUGCCCAUGUCUAUACAUGACUGUGGAUACUCUGCCUCUGACCCUCUAACCUGCUAUGGAACUGCCAUAAAUAUGGCCAGUGAUGAUGCAUUCAUCCUGAACCUUCUGGCCAAGGUCUUCUUUCUACUGGGUAAACAUGAGAUGGCCACAGGGAUCAACAACAUGGCCCUAAAUGUGCUGCCAGACCCAGAGCUCAACUGGCAGGCUUACUGCGCCCGCGCCAAGAUCAAUAUGAUGCUCUAUGUCAGGGACCUGGAGAAGGCAAAAAAUGGCCAAGGUGGAAUCCCAGACCGACAGAGGCUAACUGAGGCCAGAAAAGACUUGGACAAGGUCCUGACUGUACGUCCAUGUCUGCGGACUCACUUAGAGAUGGCACAGGUGUACUACUACAUGGGUGUAGAUGCACUCCAGGAGAGCCUUUUGGUGGAUGAGGGAGCGGUGAAUAGUGCGUUGGUGAGUUUGUCCCAUGCCCUACAGUUUAAGCUGGGUGACAGCUUGCCAGACCUCCAUGUGCUCAGAGGACGCUGCCUCCGGCUGAAAGGCGAGGAACAGAACGCUGCAGACUGCUUCAAACAGGCCGUGGAGUUAGAAAGGCCAGGAAGCACAGACACCACAGCCCUGCGCUGCCUCCUACAGGCCCUCCUGGCUCUGUUCAUGCAGGCAAGCCCUGAUCCCAGUCCUGCCAUCACCCAGCUGGAGAUGUGCGUGAAAAAGGCAGAGGAGAGGUACCCGAAGGACAUUGUGAAGGCUGAGCUGAGGUGCCUUUACAGGACGAACACGGCAGAGGUCACAGAGUUAUCCAGGGCUGUGAUCAGGACAGGGCGGAUGGAUCUAGUGAGGAGGCUACUGGAAACAGUGGUGCCUAAACAACUGACUAAGAAGAGACAGAUUGCAAGGUCUUUCUCCUUCACAUGA